GACAAAAUCUACAACAAUUACCAUAUCACUUUCAACACAACGUACGCCUUCUUCGACUAUACACCAAAUUUCCGGUUUUUGAUCUAUAAUGGUGAUGUGGAUACGGUAUGUAACUACCUCGGAGACUCCUGGCACAUGAGAGAUGUAGCGCAGGCGGCGAAGUUGAAGAGCUCACCAAGGGAUUCGUGGUUCUUUAGUAAGAACAAGCAAGUAGCUGGUUUUUACCAACGAUACAACGGAAUUGGAGGUGCUGGUACUAACAUAACCAUUGAUGUACUUACUGUC